AUGCCUCCACUGCCACUUAUUCAAUACGCCGAACGAUGCGAGGACGCAGCUUCUGGACUUCAUCGCUUUAGUGACAAUCUUUCACAAAAUGCCUCGAGUAUUGCUACCAUUGUCAGCGAGUUCUUUGCCAUUAGCGCAGUGCUUCGGCGAAUUCAUGGCGAAGAGGGCAACAGAAACCAUGGCUCGUCGUUUUACCAGGUUCAUGAGGAUCUGGGAAUGGCCUUGCGCUCACUUCGGUGCACCUUGGAUGACAUAUUCGAGCUGUUCGUCAAGGUUCAAGAUCGGCCCGAGCAUAUCGUCUGGGCAGAAGCAAAUUAUCGACUGGAGUUGGAGGCAUCGUUCUCGUUGGCGAUGCGAUUGAAGCUGUACCACGAUCACCUUGAUGCUCAGCUCAGGAUAGUCGAACGCAGAGCAACGGCAAACCCGGAGCCACUGAGGCGGUCCCUACAUGCGCUUUUGGAAGCCCAAGAACGUGCGCGCCACCAUCAUAUCCCGGAUGCACCUCRUCCACGACCGCGUCGUCCACCAGGUCCUCCCCUGUACAAUCCAGACACUCCGGUGUCUCCAUCUGUCUACUCUGGUGAAUGGGAUACCGAGUACUUGAAUCGACCUCGUGGUCCGGCUCCUGAACCACCAUUGCCAUUGUCGCCGACAUACACUUCCAAUUCGUCGCAUACUAUGGGGUCUAGUCAUACCUCUUAUUCAGGCGGUGUAUACCUCCCGCAAUCUCCCUCUGUUCCUACUCAUUGGUCGCUUCGUGUGUUUGAUGGACGACAUCCGACCACAGUAUAUCAACCAGAAUUCCGAUCCAACGAGCGAUCAGUCUGCUGCGGUAGGCCCGAGCCGGACGCUCUUCAAAAUCUUGCCCUUGAUGGAUUCCUACCAGCUCUGCGAGUGGACUUUCAAGGAGAUAACCUCAGCGUUCGACUCUACUGGCGACCGACUGACCAUCGUGCCAGAAUCCUGUUCGCUGUAAAGGACGCUUUUGGAAAUCUGGUCCAUUACUGCCAGCCUUUGACCAACUUGAAGAUUAUUCGGAAUAAGUCCAGUCUUCAGCUGUGCCGUGCCCGCCAUGAUGGUCAAUAUACACUUUGGGCGCAGCUGAAUUUCUACUUCCACGAGCGAAUGGUUCUCUUUUACUCGACAUUCGUCGCUAUGAAAAGGCAGGAUCGCACAGGUGCCAUUCAUCCUCAGCUUAUCGACGACUUCGAAUUGGAGAAUGAGGAAGGGGAGGAAUGUCAGUUCUCCGGUCAAAUCAAACACGAUGGUAUGCUGCACGCUAUUCGGAUAUUUCGAGAUCGUGGGUCGGGCGUCAUUCGAGUGGAAGCAGCGGCUCUGCGAGGCAGCAAGAGGGAUGUUCCAUUGUGGACAGCGUUCAUCACCAAGUAUGCGAGCGACCCAGACUGGGCCGCUUUCGAACGCGGUGUCGUGAGCUUGGCCGCCUUUCGCCCGCCUCCCUAUGUCUUCGUUGCACACUACGAACCGCCUCGCGACGUUUUCGGUCAUUAUGUCCUGCCAUUCACGACAGACAAUGAUGCGGUAAUGUUCACACAGAUAUGGGCACAGAUUUGUAGCUCCUACGGCCGGCGGCUUUGA